GAGCUGCUGCAGUCGGUGGAGCUGGCUGGCAAGUUCGGCGACGACGCGGCCACCGCGCAGUGCCAGGUCGCGCCGCAGAGGCUGCGCCGGCAGGGGUCAGCGCGCAAGGCCCUGCAGCAGCGCGCCGCCCGCGCCUGCCAGAGCACGCUGCUGGCGGAGAAGAUGUUGUCCAAGGUGCUCAAGCAGCUCGAGAAGUUGCGUGGUUGGGUUGCUGAGAAGGAGGCCGACGCCCUGCGCAUGUCGGAGAGGCUGGAGGAGGUUGGCGCCAAACGCGAGGCACUCGUCGCCGAGCUCCGCAGCAGCGCGCGCGAAGUCAAGCCUACAGAGGGCGGCGCG